AUGGCUUCUUCCCUUAUUCACAAUCCCAACUCCGCAGACGCAGUCGACGACGUUAAUGCCGCUCACUCCCUUUCCACCGUCAUUAAUGGUUCCGCUCAUACCGCUGAUAAUGCAGGUUCCGCCUCCUGUUUCGUCAUUAGUGAUGACAGUGACCAUUCGUUUUCCCAUUCUGUUAAUGCCUCUAAUCCAAAAAAGAGGAAGUACGGUUCGGAAAGCGGAAACGGUAGUUCCAGUGAGGACGAUGGUUCUGUUUCGAUUUUGAAGUCACCUAAACUCAGUACUAUACCGCUUCUUGUUCAGCCGAUUAGGUCUGUGAAAUCUUCUGAGUACGAAACCCAUUUUUCCUCAAGUUCACUGAAAGUAGAGAAUCUUACGGGGUUGGAAGUUGUUCCUUAUAUCUCUCCGAUGGAGGAUAAUUUGGAAGAUGAAUGUAAGGAUAAUCCGCUCAGUUGUAGACAGUUCUGGAAAGCUGGGGAUUACGAAGGAAAUUGCAACGGUCAUCCUAUUUCGAGCUCAGUUGGUAUGGAUCACGUAAGAGUUCAUCCAAAAUUUCUGCACUCAAAUGCAACAAGCCAUAAGUGGGCUUUGGGAGCUUUUGCAGAGCUUUUGGAUAAUUCUUUAGAUGAGGUCUGCAAUGGGGCUACAUAUGUUAACAUUGACAUGUUGAUAAACGAAAGGGAUGGGAGUAGAAUGUUGCUGAUUGAAGAUAAUGGCGGUGGGAUGUGCCCUGAUAAAAUGAGGCGUUGUAUGUCUCUUGGUUAUUCUUCAAAACGAAACAUGCCCAAUACUAUUGGUCAAUAUGGUAAUGGGUUCAAAACAAGUACCAUGAGGCUUGGAGCAGAUGUUAUUGUGUUUUCCCGCUCUAAUGGAAGUGAUCAAAGAGGGUCAACACAAAGCAUUGGCAUGUUGUCAUACACAUUUUUGAGAGAAACCGGGAAGGAAGAUAUUGUGGUUCCCAUGGUUGACUUUGAGUUUAAAGAAGAUUGUUGGAGCAAGAUGAUGCGCUCUGAAGAUGAUUGGAAUAGGAAUCUAGAAAUUAUAGCCCAAUGGUCUCCUUAUUCAAUCGAAGAACUAUUAGAACAGUUCAAUUUUGUGAAAGAUCAUGGGACACGCAUUAUUAUAUAUAACCUUUGGGAAGAUGACGAAGAUCAUCUUGAACUUGAUUUCGAUACUGAUUUACAUGACAUUCAAAUUAGAGGAGUGAAUCGAGAUGAGAAGAACAUAAAAAUGGCACAACAAUAUCCUAACUCACGCCACUACUUAACCUACCGACAUUCACUGAGGAUUUAUGCAUCAAUUCUGUAUCUCAGUCUGCCAUCAGGGUUUAGAAUUAUUCUGCGAGGAAAAGACGUAGAACAUCAUAAUCUUGCGGAUGAUUUAAUGUUAACAAAGGAGAUAAUAUAUAAACCUCAUCAACUUCCUGUCAAGGCAAUUAAAAAACAAUCGGAUGUAAUCGUGACAAUUGGAUUUGUGAAGGAUGCACGAUCUCAUAUCGACGUUCAGGGAUUCAAUGUUUACCACAAAAAUCGGUUAAUAAAGCCAUUCUGGAGGAUAUGGAAUCCGGCUGGUAGUGACGGUCGUGGAGUUGUUGGUGUGUUGGAAGCUAAUUUUGUGGAACCAGCUCACGACAAGCAAGGGUUUGAGAAAACCAUCGUACUUUCGAGGCUUGAGUCACGAUUGAUCCAAUUUCAAAAAGAUUACUGGACGAAAAAUUGUCAAGAGGUGGGUUACGCUCCAAGACGACGUUUAGCAGAAUCGAAUAAUAAUAUGGAUAAAAUGAAUGGUGGAGCAAAUGUGGGUAACUGUAUAAAUCUCUCAGGUACCAGUAGUACUACUACUACUACUUCUUCGAUGGUCCUUCCUACAACUACAACUACAACUACAACCAAGCCUAAUGGGGUUUUUGAGAAACUAGUACUGCCAACUGUAAAAGUUACAGCUAAACCUGGAUCGACUCCCGGAUCAACCAUGUACAGUUACACAUCUCACCAACCUUCUCCUCCGUCCACUAGUAUGGCCAACCACGUCAUCGGACAACCACGACCUUCUGUACAGCCACCCACCGUCAACUCAAAUGGAACGUCAUUUGGUAAUAUGGCCAGUAUAAUAUCAAGUUUGGAAAGGGGGGAUGAAGAUAAGUUAAUUGAUCUGCUCAGGCCGGAAAGGUUUAAGGAUCCAUAUUUCAGCAGUUUGAUGACUUAUUUGUUGAAUGAAAUGGACAAGUAUAGAUGUUUGGAAAGCACAGUUGAUACUCUUAGAAACCAAUUGCAUGAAGCAAUCCAGAAGCUAGAAGUGAAGGAGAAAGAACGUAUGUUUCAGAUUGAUUUUAGUUCAGCUGAAAUUAUGAAAAAAGACAAGGAGAUAGCUACUUUGACUGAGAGAUUAUGGGAUGCAACUGCCAGUAAUAACGAGCUACGUGGGAGGAUAAGUGAACUUGAAAAAAGCAACAACACACUUUCAACUUCACAAGCUAACCCUAAUUAA